AACACAAUGGACGCGGUCAAGUUAAUAAUUGUUGGGUUGUUCUUUUACUUAGGACUGACAGAAGUCAGCUCUAUGCAGGAUGCACAGGAUAUGCUCAUAACCAAGCAGCAAUACCAAAGGAUAAUGGAAUAUCGUCCGCUUGCUGUAGAGUUUACCGAACACUUUCGAAACUUUUCACUCACUGAUCUGGAAUUGGCUAAUAACGAAACAUCCAGUGAACAGGAUCAACAGUGUCAGGAGGAUGUGGCUCAAUUAAUGCAAGGUGUUAUCACACUACGCUUAUGGGCAUUGGAAAUGAUUGAUUCAUGGGGCUCGUAUCCGAGUGGAUUUUUUUAUGGCAAUAGCAUGGAUAUGGGCAACUACGAUGAGUGUCUCAGUAUCGAUAAGGAAGUUGCCGAGAAUCACAUUAUUAGGGGAAAAUACUGCUUGGCAAGUCUGUUGAAUAUGAAAAUUGCAGUCUGCUUUCCCUCUAGUUGCUCGGUGGCUCUCAUCAACACCUUUCUGAAACAGUUGACUAACAAUGCGCUUUUGAGUCCGCAAAUAUCGAACGAAAUCAACUGCAAGACUGCUGAAAGAGAACCUUACGAUGGCCUAACAAUAUUUACAAUUGUUUUACUCUCAGUGCUAGCAGCUGCAGUGCUACUCGCCACGCUCUGUGAUUAUCUUUUCUUUGUGGAUCAAACUAAACUUCCAGGCAUAGUCAAAGCUUUCUCAGCACGCGCCAAUUCUCGAGUUCUCUUCCGUCUUGUGCAGCCGAAUUCGAAUCCGAAUGUCAUUGAUUGUCUUCAUGGCAUGCGCUGCAUGUCGCUCAUCUGGGUUGUUUUUGCCCAUCAAUAUAUUCUCUCACUAAUGACUCCGAAUGUAAAUGGAAUCAAAACGAUCUCAUGGUUGACAAGUCCAUUUGCCAGCUUUAUACUCCACGGUUUCUUCUCAGUUGACACAUUCUUUUUGCUCAGCGGUUUGUUGGUUGUUAUGAUUGCACUACGAUCACUGGAGAAAACCAAAGGCAAACUCAAUAUUCCAUUGAUGUAUCUUCAUCGCUAUUUGAGAUUAACUCCAGUUGUAGCUGUGGCUAUUAUCGUGCAUAUGAAACUACUUCCCAUUGUGGGUAAUGAUGGUCCAACAACUGCUCAGGCGGCAGUUGAGAACUAUGAAAAUUGUAAAACUAACUGGUGGAUGACCUUACUGUAUGUCCAAAACUAUGCCACAAAAAACAUGUGCUUAAAUCACACCUGGUACUUGGCAGUAGAUAUGCAACUCUAUAUUCUAUCGCCCAUAUUUUUACUAACUUUGUAUAAAUGGGGCAAGAAGGCAGCUGCAGGAAUCUUUGUGCUCAUGCUUCUUCUCUCUGGCUGCCUCUUUGCCACAAUGAUGACGGGCAAAUACGCCGUAAAUGUUGCCAUUGGAGAUCUUGGAGUUGAGGGCCAACGCAAACUCUAUUUGGCCACACACACGCAUGCAGCUCCUUGGCUGAUCGGAGCACUCCUUGGCUAUUUCCUGCAUGCUAAUCGCAACAGAUCCUUUAAGCUGCAUCGCAUCUUCAUUUGGCUAGGUUGGAUUCUCUGCCUGGCUAUGUUAUUCACCUCUCUGUUUGCUGUGUAUCCAGCGGCAAAUGGAAGUGCACCUGCAUUGACAUUGGGAGAGCAGUCUGCUUAUUAUACUCUGAGUCGCAUCGCAUGGCCUUUGGGUCUUAGCUGGGUGGUGUUUGCCUGCAUGAAAGGAUACGGUGGAUUGGCCAACAGCUUCCUUUCUUCCCCACUGUGGCAGCCACUGUCAAAGCUCUCAUAUACAGCUUACAUAUUUCACAUAUUCAUUCAGCAAAUGAACGGCAGACGUCUGCGAACUAACACUUUCUUCUCCGACUACGAUGUGAUGCUGUCAUUCUGGUCAGCUUUCGGCUUUAUCCUGUUGCUUUCUUACGUAAUGUAUAUAAUUCUGGAAGCACCAUUUGGUGCUCUGGAAGGCAUGCUAAUGCCUCAACGCAAACCCAAACAAAAUACUAAACAACAGAAUGAGAAUCACACUGAGGAGAUUCACGUAAUCGAGGUGCCAAGAACAGAUGAUUCGCAAGAACUCACAAAAAGUUGUGAAGAGCAAGAAAAUGUUGAUAAUUCUACCAAAACUUAAUAACACAUUCUAGAUUUUGGCAUACGGUGUUCUGUAAACCACAAAAUUGUUUUUAUAUGAUCUGAAUCUUUCCAGAAUAUAUUAAGAUCCAUCAAAAU